AUGAUAGAACAGGCUUUUGAGGACAGUGAUUAUAUUUCCUUAACUAUAAAACGUGUUCGAGUGGCAGCAGCAGAAUCCAUGCCUCUGCUCCUGGAAUGUGCAAGAGUUCGAGGUCCUGAGUAUCUCACACAGAUGUGGCAUUUUAUGUGUGAUGCUCUAAUCAAGGCUAUUGGUACAGAACCAGAUUCAGAUGUCCUCUCGGAAAUAAUGCAUUCUUUUGCAAAGUGCAUUGAAGUAAUGGGAGAUGGAUGCCUUAAUAAUGAACACUUCGAAGAAUUGGGAGGUAUACUGAAAGCUAAACUCGAAGAACAUUUUAAAAAUCAAGAAUUGCGGCAAGUUAAAAGACAAGAUGAAGACUAUGAUGAGCAAGUGGAAGAGUCACUGCAAGAUGAGGAUGAUAAUGAUGUUUAUAUUCUGACCAAAGUGUCAGACAUUUUACACUCAAUAUUCAGUAGCUACAAGGAAAAGGUGUUACCAUGGUUUGAACAGCUGCUUCCAUUAAUUGUCAACUUAAUUUGUCCACAUAGACCAUGGCCAGACAGACAAUGGGGAUUAUGCAUCUUUGAUGAUGUUAUAGAACACUGUAGUCCUGCCUCAUUUAAAUAUGCAGAAUAUUUCUUAAGGCCAAUGCUCCAAUAUGUAUGUGACAGCAGCCCAGAAGUCAGGCAAGCAGCUGCGUAUGGCCUGGGAGUCAUGGCACAGUAUGGUGGAGAUAACUAUCGUCCUUUUUGUACAGAAGCACUUCCACUGCUGGUAAGAGUUAUUCAAUCUGUUGAUUCCAAGACCAAAGAAAAUGUCAACGCUACAGAGAACUGCAUUUCAGCAGUAGGGAAAAUUAUGAAGUUCAAACCUGACUGUGUGAACGUUGAAGAAGUCCUGCCGCACUGGUUGUCUUGGCUUCCACUACAUGAAGAUAAAGAAGAAGCUGUUCAGACUUUCAGUUAUCUGUGCGAUCUGAUUGAAAGUAAUCAUCCAAUCGUUCUUGGCCCAAACAAUACCAAUCUGCCCAAAAUAUUCAGUAUAAUUGCAGAAGGAGAAAUGCAUGAGGCAAUUAAACAUGAAGAUCCUUGUGCCAAACGUCUGGCUAAUGUAGUUCGCCAAGUACAGACUUCUGGAGGAUUGUGGACUGAAUGCAUAUCACACCUCAGUCCUGAGCAUCAGGCGGCCAUACAGGAGCUCCUGAAUUCUGCUUGA